UUUUUUCUCGAAGAGUCUGUCACAUCAAACGUGUUUCAAGACCUCAAAUGACGAGGAAGCAGCAACAUUACAGUCUUAAGCCACUUUUGUGAACAGUGAGCCAGGAUCUUGUGAUGGAUAAUGAGGAAAAAUUAAGUGAUCUACGAUUGUGAAGAAGGAACCAACACUGUUAUGGCAGAUGAAGGUGAAAAAAAGAGUCAGGAGGAGGACCUGUCUUCUGACAUCAAGGAUUGGAGUAAACACCAAGUGAGGCAAUGGGCUCUGGAGUUGAAGAGUGUGGAUGAUGCUGUUGCACAAAUACUGUUUCAGCAGGACAUUAAUGGACCUAGUCUUUUGCUUUUAGAUGCAGGGGACUUAAUUGCAAUGGGUGUGACUUUUGGACCAGCAAAACUUAUCAUUCAUGCCAGAGAUGAGGUAGUGAAGUUAAAGAAAGAGGAACCAGCAAGUUUUAGGAACCAGCCUGGGAGACCCUGCAAGCCCUAUCCAUUUUAUAGGUAUCAUGAUACCUAUAGAUACAUGGAGAGCAGCGUUCUUGAUAUUACAGAAUCAGGUGCCUCAGACUUUGUCGAACCCUGCCAUGAAUACAAAGGUUUCACCAAUACAACAGAUGAAACAAAAAUGAGCAAGUUCACUGAUGAAGUCAUUCGCUUCGCAGCUGCCUGCAUGAAUAGCCGCACCAAUGGCACCAUACAUUUUGGUGUAGGGGACAAGCCACAAUUUACCCAUGGUCAAGUGCUAGGAGUUGUUGUUGAGGACAAAGAGGCUUAUCUAAAUGAGCUAAAAUCUGCCAUUGAUGGUUAUUUUGAGUUUAAACACAAACAGGCUGCUCAAAUGUGCAUCAAACCUCCUCGAUUUGUUGGUGUCCUCAAUAAGAAUAUGACAUCCUCUGACAAAUGUGUAAUAGAAGUGGACAUAGUUCCUGAUUCUGUGAUCUGUGGAGAAAACAUCUAUCACACUUUCAACAUGGACACAAAAAAAGCCAAGAAAAAAGAAAAAGGUAAAGAAGCAGACAAAACUGAAACAAAACCCUCAAGGCAAUUCUUUAUCCGAGAUGGUGGUAGCAGCAGGAAUCUGCUCGCACCAACCACAUCUGCCAAACCCAUGGAGGAGUACAACCGGUUUGUUGACAGUGUGGCAAAACGAUCACAACUCCGAAAACAAGCUGAAGAGAAACACCUCAGUGUUAUCAGAAACAGCAAUCAAGGCUCCAGACUAAGUCAAAUGAUAACUGGUGGAUCCCUCUCAUUAGACAAGUCACAUUUUGAGCGUUACGUAAUAGUGACUAACAAGUCACAUUCAAUCCAGUUGGAAUCACUGGGAUUUCUUGUAGAACUCGACCCAACAGCUGUUUUGGACUUUGAUCCAGAAUCAGCUGAAUGUGGAUUGCAGAGGUACUUUGAACAGAAGAGUACAGUCAGUGUUCAUUUACCAUCACAGUAUAAAAUCACAGAAGGCAUUGAGGACAUUGCAGACAAAUUGAAAUUAACUCGAAACACCAGCUGGGUGUUGUGCAACGGUGGUAUCAAGGAUGAGGUACCCUCAGAUAUAGACCAGUGGUUGAUGGACAAGGGAGCCUCUGUCCGAGAUGUGAUUUCAUUCUUGUGCCGGAAAGAUGUGCUUCCAAACAAGAGAUUCCUUGUAAUUUUCUUACUCUUCUCAACAGUAAGUGAGCAGAUGGAUCCUCUUGUCGAGACUUUCAGCACAUUCUGGCAGGAGCUCAGAGGCACAGAGCAAAUCUUUUGUAUCUGUGACAAUGAAAAAGCAUUUACAUCCUGGAAAGACCUAAUUAAGGCUCGUUGUGGAAAUGACAUCUCUGAUAGAUGCAUAUAUGAGCUGAACUUUGCAGAAGUCAAUGGCACUAUCCUCAGUCUUUGGUCUGAAAACCGUAGAUCCCAGCGUUUCCUACCUGGUGAUGGAAGAAGCAAAGUGCUUCUUGAGAAGAAAGUGGAGCGUAGCCUAAAUACCUUAGAGAUCUUGUGCAUGAACCAAUGUGAAGGAGGAAGUGAGGACAAAAUUCCCAUUGAGGAGAACUUCUACAAAGGAGGAAAAGUGUCUUGGUGGAAUUUCUAUUUCUCAGAGCAGCCUGGAUCCACACCGUUCAUUAAACGAGACAAGUUUGACUUCAUAAUGAACACAGUGAUACCAGAUUUGUGCUCCCUGAGAAAAGCCUGUGUGUUGUUCAACCUCAUGCAUGUUCCUGGAUGUGGUGGAACAACUUUGGCCAUGCAUACAUUAUGGGCUCUCCGGGACAGAUUCCGUUGUGCCAUCCUUAGAGACAGCAAUGCAGACUUUGUUGAAAUUGCUGACCAUGUGGUAAAACUUUUAACGCAUGACCAUGGGGAGCAAUUACCACGGGUUCCAGUUUUGCUGAUGAUAGAUGACUUUGAAGACAUGGACAAAGUGAAUGACUUGGAGCUACUCAUUGAAAAAGAAUGUGUGAAGAAGGAUAUUCAGUGCAAGUCUGCUCAGGUCAUUCUCCUUAACUGUAUGAGAGCAGAGUCCUCCGAAGUGACUGAAUCAACUGACACUGUGUUCAUUGGAAAUGAUCUCUCUGAAGGGGAGCAGAAACAGUUUGUUCAAAAACUCGUAGAAAUAGAGAAAACACACAAGAAUGCUGACACGUUUUAUGGUUUCAUGAUCAUGAAGAAAAACUUCAAGCCAGAGUAUAUUCAGGGUGUGGUCCACAAUACCCUGAAGAGCUUCAAUAUAAAUCAGAAACAUGCACAACUCCUGGCUGUUUUAGUUCUGUUGAAUGUCUACUGCAAAUGGUCCUCUCUCUCAGUGUCUCUGUGUGAGGAAUUCCUUGGUCUACAACCCAAACCAGUUUGUGGAACCGUCAAAGUUGAAGAAGGAUUUGGGAAAUUUUCCACUUUAAUUUCCAGCAGUUCAGUUGAGAGUAAGGUUGUACACAAGGCUGUGAAGAUGAUCCAUUCAAGUAUUGCAAGGCAGUGUUUGCAGGAACUUACAACAACACACAAUGUAAGCAAAGCUGACAUUACUGACCUUCUGCUGACAACAGACAAGCUUUAUGAAAGCACUCAAGGCAAACACAAACUCCUGCAAGAUGUUCACCACAUUAUGGUGAAGAGAAUUUAUUCAGUGGAGGAUUCUAAGUUCUCACCACUAAUUCAAGAGAUUGCAAAUGAAACACCAGGACAAGAAGAGAUGAUUCUAUUGAGUGCAUCAAAAAGAUUUGACAAAGAUGCUGUAAUCUCUCAGUUAGUUGCCAGGUACUAUUACCUAAAAAAGAAGAACUUCACAGAGGCCAAAGUUUGGGCUCGCAGUGCAAGAGAUCUUUCCAAAGACAGCUCAUACAUGGCAGACACAUCAGCACAAGUUAUCAAGCAUGAACUGAAGAAUGCCAUUGCAAACUGCAAGGAAGAGCCUAUGCCUCAUGAAAAGUUGAGCGAGUUUCUCAAAGUGGCUCAGUCAGCAAUAGAUGCAUUCAGGGAAACACAGAAUCUUGCAAAGAAAGAGUCAAGUCUGCGACUCCAAACCAAGAGAGACAACUGCCCUUUUAACACAGCAGGGUGCCUGGGAGAGAUUCAGGUCGGAGUAGUUGUCAUUGACCUACUGCAAAAGACACCUGUAUUUUCCUCAGAAAAUGUCCGCCAUGACAUUCUGAGUGAGGUUCUGUCUGGCAAUAUCAAACUUCAGGAUGCAGAGAGAUGUGAUCAAAGGCAACAUAAACACAGAACUUACUACAUCAUUCUCAGACACUUUGAUGAUUUACUGUACAGCCUCAAAUUCAGGAUGAAGAUGAAUUUCGACUUCCUUGAGAAGUUCCAUGUGAACUUGGGUUCUGGAUCCGGAAUGAAAGACAGUCGGGAGCAAGUAGUCCAAAAUGAGCUUUUCAGAUGUUUUAAACAGUAUGCAAAUCUUUUCUGCAAGACAGAUUCAACAUCUCUGCUGAAGAAUAAAACCAUGUGGAACAUGCUGCAAGUACACGAAGCAAGGCAAUUCCUGGAGAGGAAAAAAGCUGAUACUUAUUCUGGGAUUCUGAAUUGUCUCUCAAAUGACACCUCAGCUGAAAUCUUGGAGAAGAUUAUUAAACUGUAUGAUUUUAUUCGUCCAUCUGGCCAUACUGUGAAGGAGAGGAUCAACUACAUCUACGUGAAUGUUGUGUUGAGUCGUAUCAAACUGGAAUCACAAUGCAUUCUGCCAUACCAGAGAUUAAUUGGUCUACUUUACCAAGUCAUGCAAGAGCAAAUUCCAUUAAGUGAAAAUUUGCCAGCGAUGUUCAUUGCAGUUGUGCUGUUGUGGCCACAGGAGAACGGUCCAGAAUGUAGAAGUUUGGGGAAUUACAUCUCACAGAUGAAGACAUCUUACCAUGCCACCAUGAAGGAAGUGUACAAUGGUAAGAGGCCCAUUGUCCAUUUCUUCCUUGGGAAGAAACCGGGCUAUGGAAGACUGGUACACCUUAGGGAACUCAAAAGAUGCAGCAUGCUUGAGGAGGGACAGUUUGCCUCCAUGUGGGAAAAUGGCAGUCUAUGGAAAGACAAGAAGGUGCAGCAGCUCCUUUGCAGAGUUACUGGCGAGGUGAAGGGGAAGUUCAUUAUGGCAGAUACUUGUCUAUCAGGUCUGAAGCUUGAAGUCACUCCAAUGUUUCGAUCACAGCUUAGUGGGACUACUGAGAGGUCCAAAGUGUCGUUCUUCAUUGGCUUCUCAAUAAGAGGCCCUGUUGCACUUGACAUUAACUAAACCUUGAAAGCAGCCUUGUAUACAAGUUACUCAAAAGUAACAGUUAUACUUGUAAUAAAUGGUGAUAGUAUGUUACAUUUUUUGCGUGUAUCUCUGGCUGUGUACAUUACAUUGAUGCCACUUUUUGGCAAGUAUAACCUUUAAAACAAAACUGUUCAAAAUUUGUUGGAUUAAAACUUGAGUCAUUGUAAUUAUUGAAGCCAAACAUGAAAUGCUUUGAUAUGAAAUCACCUGACAUUUGAACAGGUGUUUAACUACUAAUAAUGAUGUCAGUAAGCAGUCUAAU